AUGGCCCACACCCACCACGAUCACGGCGGCAUGGAUAUGCCUGGCGACGAUUCGCCAAUGUGCAGUAUGAAUAUGCUCUUCACCUGGUCAACCGAAAAUCUCUGCAUCGUCUUCCCCCAAUGGCGAGUCACCGGCACCUGGUCCCUCAUCACCUCCCUCAUCGCCGUGGUGGUGUUGACAGCCGGCUACGAAGCCUUGCGCGCCAUGUCACGGGGAUACGAAGAGCGGCAGGCUCGAAUGAUGUCUGCGCGAGAGCAGAGAGUAGGCGGAAGGGGCUCGCAGGAGAAGCAAGGGAAGUUGGUCAAGGCGACGUUUUAUGGUGUGCAGGUGUUUUAUUCCAUGUUCAUCAUGCUCUUGUUCAUGACGUACAACGGGUGGAUCAUGCUUGCAGUUGGUUUUGGAGCUUUCCUUGGGUACCUCGCAUUUGGCGGCGGAAGCAGUUCUAGUAAAAGCUCUGCUUGUCACUAA